AUGGCAAGAGCCUGGCAGGCCCUGCGGCUCCUGCUUGCCACCCUGGUGGCCCUGGUGGCCCUCACCAACCAAGGAAGAAAAAAAACCUUCUUGAAAGUCGAAGAAGUGUCCAUAAGAGAACCCUACGUGGAGGACACAAUACAGUUCAUGAUCAGCAAGUUCAACCAAGAGAAUAAGGACUUGUACAACUUCCGGGUCAUCCGAAUCCUCAACAUCAAGCAGCAGAUUACUGACCACAAGGAGUAUCACAUUGAAGUUGAGAUGCGACGGACCACGUGUCAAAAGUUAGAGACCACAAACUGUAAAUUUCAGGAAGGAGAGCUUUACAAGCAAAUCAAGUGCUUCUUCUCGGUGUUUGUCAUACCUUGGUUUGAAAAGUACAAAAUUCUGAGCAGAAACUGCACCGAUGCCUAG